AUGGCAUCCGCUGAGAACGAGGACCACACGGAAGGACAGCCGCCCGUCAUGUUCAAGAAAAAGCCCACAAUCAAGAAUCUCGCUCCCUUGCGAUCCUCCGAUCGCCGCAGAAUCGCCGAUCAGAUCAUCAACGACUACAACAUCAGUGUCCCCUCGAAUGCGCCAGCCGAUACAAGCGGGGAUGACUCCACCACUCCGAAUCAGACAUUACCCAACAUCACAGCGAUCCGGAACUCUCUGCUCCCAGAGAACUCACUGUCUGCACGCUUCACCACGACCGCAGGCCCGCAGCUUCGAGAAGUCCAGGGCACGGUGUACGUUGGAACACACCCCGAAGGCGAGGAACGCGUCCUGUGGUUCAAGAUCGAGCAUGGCCCCGGUGCCGAUGGACGCCUCUAUCCGACUGUUUACACGUUAUGGCAUAAUCCGAAUCUCGUGCCCUUGCUGCACACACCGGAAAUGGUGAUGCAGAAGCUCCGCGGAGGAGCGGAUCUCAUGACACCAGGACUGGCUGAUGAGCCGCCCUUCCCUGAGCGUGCGGUGAAGGGUGCCAUUGUCGCUGUUGCCGGUCUGGAUCGCCAUACCGUGCCGUUGUUUGUGGGAAUCUGUGAGAUUGAUAUCGCAGGGCUUGGAGAGGUUCAGGGCACAAAAGGACAUGCCGUUCGGGGCAUUCACUGGGAAGGUGAUGAAGUUUGGGCGUGGAGCUCAUCUUCACGUCCUGGACAACCUGCGCCGGAGUAUCUGGCAGGCUGGGACGAAGAACCCAGCGAGCCAGAUGUGGGAGAGGCUGCGCAGAAAGUCAAUGAUCUAACAUUGGGCGAGGGUCAGCAAGCACAAACUGCAGAGGAGCCGUCUCAGGGUGAAGCUCCUGAACAGCCUGAGGAGGCGCCUGCUGAGGUAGAGAAAGAACCCUCGACAAAAGAAAUCGACGAUGUUUUUGAAAAGGCCUUCCUUUAUUCCCUAUACAAACUCAAAAACGACAACCCUUCUGCACCAAACCAUGGCCUCUCACUCCCUGUACAACCAUCUGCUUUUGUCUCCAACAUGAUCACGCCCUUCCUUCCAAUUCACUCUACUCAGCAGGCUCAAUUCUACCAGAUUAAGAAGACCAGCUGGAAGAAUGUCAAGAAAUUCAUCAAAUAUCUCGACAAACAACGUCUCGUCAAAUCCAAGGACCGCAAUGGGCAGGAGACCGUCAUUUUGGAUGUGGAUUUCAACGACCGCCGGGUCGAGCAAUUCGUCCCUUACCGACUUCCGUCCAAGCAUGCCAUCGAGAACGCAGGAAAGCCUGCUCCCUCGGGGGACAAGAAGCCUGCAGGCUCUGGGGGAGACCCUGCUGUGGGACAGACGAUCACUGUCCAAACACUCUAUCGGCCAACGACCAAAUUGACCCCAACAAUUUUUCCAGCGUUGUCCAGCGGCGACCCCCGAAACUACUACAAAUAUUCUGAAGUAUCGAAUCGGUUGGACGAAUAUGUUCAAUCGCAAAAUCCGCCUCUUGUCUCCGGUGAGAACCGCCGGAUCAUCUCCCUCAAUCCUUUCCUAGCCAAUACUGUCUUCACAUCGUCCUCGGCCGAGGACAGGAGCACCGUUGCCCGAGGCAAGACCACACGCGACGGUCUCUUGAAGCGUAUCGUGGAAGACCCGGCGUUCCUCGCGCCACACUAUGUGAUUCUCAAGCAGGGACAGACCCUGUCUGAUGUGAAACCGAAAGCUGGAGCAACCCCCAAGGCCAACGUUGUCAUCGAGCGGCGAACGGGGUCCAAGACGGUCACCAAGGUUUGGGGUCUGGAAGUGUUUGGUAUCGUCCCCAGUCUCUUGGCGGAAGAGCUACAGAAGAAAUGCGCCAGUAGCACCAGUGUCACGCAGGCAACUGGAGCCACCAAGGGCGUGAUGGAGGUUCUGAUUCAAGGCGACCAAAGACGAGCUGUGGAAACAGCAUUGGUCAGACGCGGAUUGAGGACACAAUGGAUUGAUGUGGUCGAUAAGACCAAGAAGAAGAAAUAA